UCAGCCUGACUUUGAUCUCAUCAUGUUUACUCACUUUAACCUGGCAGUACUGAUAGUUGUACUGACUCUUCAUGAUAAAGUUCACACUGGAGAAAUCAUCGGUGGCCAUGAGGCCGUGGCACACAGCAGGCCAUACAUGGUGCUUUUGGAGAUGCACAGACCAGGUGGUCAGAAAGCCCACUGUGAUGGCUUCCUUGUGAAUGAGCAUUUUGUGGUGACUGCUGCCCACUGCCAAGCUGAGUCCUACAGAGUCUUUCUGGGACUUCAUAAUUACAACAAGCAGAAUGACGUACAGCAUGUGAAUGUGCCUGGGGAAAAUGCAUUUCCACAGAAAGACUAUGAUAAAGCUGAAUUCAAAAAUGACAUAAUGCUUCUGAAGUUGAGUACCAAGGCAGUGUUAAACAAGAAUGUGAAACCUAUUGAUCUCGCAGACCGUGAUGACAGAUCGCUGCCAAAAUCAUGCAUAGUCUCUGGUUGGGGAAGUACAGAAAACAACAAACACCCAUCUCUCAAACUUUUGGAAGUCAAUGUAACCCUGGUUGAAAAUGAGAUGUGUGUUAAGGAAAAUAAGUACUGCUCAAAGGACAAGGGUGGCCCAGGUCAUGGAGACUCUGGUGGCCCAUUAGUCUGUGAAGAUGGAAAGGCAUAUGGGGUGGUGUCCGCCAGCAAGCUAAACCCAGAUAAAUCAGCAAUUUAUAGUUACACUAAGAUACCUGACAACCGAGACUGGAUUGACUGCAUUAUGAAACAUAAUUAAGAUAAAAUAAACCAUGUAAAACUUAGCUGAUCAAACCCCAGUAUUAGAAUUUGUGCUUGGGUUUAGCUUGAAAAAGAAGUGAUGCGAUACUGCGUUAAAAUUAGAUAAGUGAGUUGUUUUGGUAGAUAUGCAUCAAAAAAACUUAAAAAAAUAAAAAAAAACUUAAAAAAAACAACAACACAAAACAAACAUACAUUAAGUUGCACAUUAGUUACAGUUAAGUAGAAUCUGAACUUUUACUAUAUACUCAAUGCUGUUUAUUAAAUGAGAUGCUGAUGUUAGAUACUGAAUUACCUGAUUUGUUUUGUUUUUAAAAAGGCCUGUACUUUAAAGAUUCUUGUUUCUUUUAGAUUCAGGAUGAUUUGUUUGACAGAUGUUAUUAAAAUUUU